GCCAAAAGGAUAUGUUCGUGUUUUGGGUUUAGGCCCUACUCCUCAAGAUAUUGGCACUCCAGAGUUGAAGUCUUAUACUGCAACAAGACUACAAAUGGAGAUUCUUGCUCGUACAAAGGUUCAAAGUGAGAAGGCUGCUUUAGAAGAGCGUGUACUUGAGCUACAGACUCAAAUUGAGCAAAGGGCUCAACCAGACCGGGCAAGUGAAGAGCCCAUGUCACAUCGCGGCUCUACUUCAUUUCAACAUAAGGUGAUGAGGAACAAGUUUGCUGCUGAGGAUGAGGAAGACAAUGAAGAAUAUUGUGCUUCUAAAGAUGAGGAAUUAGAUGAUGAGGAUGAUCAAAUAUUUCAUCAGAUGCAAGGUGCAAACUCACCAAGAUCUACAAGGCACUUUGCUGAAGCUUCACACUCUAAACAUGAUGAUCUUGUUGGAAAAGAUGUCAUAUUAUAUGCUAUGUUGAGAUCUGAUUUGCCUGUGGCUAAAGGGACAAUUGUUUGUACUAAACCAAGCACCACAGUUGGAGGCCAGAUCCUUGGAAGGCAAUAUUGUGAAGUUAUUGUAACUUGUGUGAUAAAACGAGAUACAGUUUUGCCUCGCCCUUGUGCAAAUGUGGAAACUAUGGCUGAUGCUUACAUGAUGUCAGUUGCAUGGCCGUACAAGAAACUGAAGUUGGUGCAUAAGGCUGCAACACCAUCUAGUGGAGGUAGAUAAGGCAUCAAAACUGUAUUUUUAUUUGCAAAUGUAGCAACAAUAUACUAAUUUGAUGUACUUUUUUCUAGGGUGUUCUGGAUAAAGAAAGCUUGUACCUUAAAACAGGAGGAUACAAGAAGCUGGAGUGGUUGUCUGAAGGCUUUUGAACUGCUUGAAGCAUUAGUGUAGCUUUGGUGCUUUUGUGACUGAUCAGCUCUGGAGCAGCUAGAGUGAUGUAGUUGUG